GGAUUGUCUCACAUCUCAAACGGUCCAAUGAAAGCUAACCAAAUAACAUAUAUAGGAUGCUUCUGUUACAGCUGUUAAGCGAAUGCAUAUACCAAUGAAUACACCUUCUAUAUCAGAAGCCUCAACAGCAUCAUCAGUUUUGGCCACGCCCGCCGAAGACCUUCUUAUGAAUGAUUUGACAGAUUCUGAAAUGCCUUUCAUGUUACAACAGCCUUCAUUCACAAAGCCUAUUGCUUCAACCAGUAAUGACUCUGCAGCAGGUGUGGAGUCUUUUUCACCUAUUGCUCGACCUCCCACUCCACAAUUAGGCAUGACUUUGUCUCAUUAUGAUGCUUCUACAGGCUCCUAUAUGUCGUCUCAGUUAAACUCAAACUAUGAAGUCAAAAGUCCUAUAUGUACUGGCAUGAUACCUGUCUAUCGUCCCCCUUUUGAGCGGUGGGGAUCUUGUUUGAUCUAGAUCACCCGUUAACAGUUUCCGAUAGGUCUAGUUAUAUAUAGAUAUCUCUUAUUUUUAUUUAUUUAUUUUAUUUUUUUAUUUAACAAAGUCUUUGUCAUUCUUUGGAUGAUGGAUAUUUUCUGUUCUAUUGAUUUAUUGUGUAAGUGAGCCCAAUACUUAUCGAAAUAGACCUAAAAAAAAGAAAACGCGUCAAAAUAAACGAACCUCGACCAUUUCUUCACCUUCGGUCCACAACAUUCGGGACAAUUCGACUAAAAAAUUUGUGUUCUGAAAAACGAAACUCUCCCAACUGCUAAUUGUGAGAUUCAACAUGGAUUUAUUAAAAAUCCACUGAUUAGUACUAUUAUAUUAACAUAUGUAUGCGAAAUGUUUGAUAAAGAGGAAUACUACUAAGUGAUGUUAAAAGUGAAUUUAUAGACUCCCAAAAAAGUAAAAAAAAAAAAAGACAUAAAUAUUGAUGCUUAAAUUCAAGACGGUCG